AUGGCACGGCCGGAGACCAACACAAAGGUCUUCCCACUGAUACUUGCACUGAUUUCCUGUGGACAGAGUCACACUGAGGGGAUCGAACAAACUGAUGAUUCAUGUUACAAUUUGUGCCCAGCUGGAUAUCAUAAAGUUGGUAACUGUGAUGAUCAAGUUAAAAAGUACAAAUGCAAGAAAUGUGAGGAUGGCACAUUCACAGCUGUAGAAAACGUCAUAAUGAACUGUCGUAGGUAUGAAUUAUUGAUGAAGUGCUUUGAGAGACUGAUCUGUCGGUACAUCAGGGCCGGUCUGCCUCCCACUCUGGACCCCCACCAAUUUGCCUACAGGACAAAUCGAUCCACCGAGGACGCUAUCACCAUAGCGCUCCACACUGCGCUGAGUCAUCUGGAGCACCGAGGAAGCUAUGUUGUCAUAAAGGUGGUACCUGUGACAAGCCAAUUGAAAAGUACAGAUUCAAAAGAUGUGGCAAAAGAUGGCACCUACAUGGAAAUGAAAAACCAUAUGGGGAAAUGUCAAGUUUGGUUGUUUAACUUCCACACUGCCUGCUCUCCCAAAAUGAACCUUGUCUUGGUCUUCCCACUGAUACUUGCACUGACUUCCUGUGGACAGAGUCACACUGAGGGGAUCGAACAAACUGAUGGUUCAUGUUACAAUUUGUGCCCAGCUGGAUAUCAUAAAGUUGGUAACUGUGAUGAUCAAGUUAAAAAGUACAAAUGCAAGAAAUGUGAGGAUGGCUUCUACACAGACAUAGAAAACUACAGAGAGAAAUGCCUUAGGUGUGAACAGUGUAAUCAUGAUGAGGUGGUAAUAGAGCCCUGCAUCUUUAACAGGAGCAUAGUGUGUGGCUGCAAAGAGGGAUACUACAAUUCAGGAUCUGAUUCACUGCAAUGUUCAAAAUGUUCCUGCGAGCACUGCCCACGCAAUCCUGACUACAAAGCGAAGUGCUCACCCCCCUCGAGUUAUAGGCAAAAGCCUACUACAGCUCCGACAAAUCCAUCUACAACUCGAAUUGUGUCUUCAACCACAGUGGCAAACAAAAGAUUGAUGCCUACAACUGUUACACCAGCUUCAACUUCAACUCCCGACCCAAACAAACCUCUAGUUUCAACAUCCAAGGCUAUCACAAAAUCAUCAAAUCCUCAUAUAACAGAGAUUCCACGUAACCCGGGGAGUGCAGGAAUUUUUCUUGCAGUGAUUAGCUUUCUGUUGCUCUCAUGGUUCCUGCUGAUCUGCACCAUGAAGAUAUUCAAACACAAAGACAGUUUUUGCUGGAGAAGGAGGAAAGAGGCUGAAGUCUCCCAGAACGAACAACCCAGUCAUCAAGGCAGUAACCCGACCACGCUGACGCUUACAGUAUCCGAGGAAACUCCCAUGUUGACUCUCAAUCAGAGUCCAGCCAUAUCAGAACAUCCAACCCACAUCAACCCUCUCGUGCCAGUCAAUGGCCAGUUAGUUGCCAGACAACAUGACCACGCAGAUCGCUGGCCGGCCAUCGUCCUCUACGCGAUCAUCAAGGAGGUGCCCUUGCAUAGGUGGAAGGAGUUCUUGCGUCUGCUUAAGGUGACUGACCAGCAGAUGGUGCGAGUCGAGAUGGAGACUGGUUUCAGUCUCGGCUCCAUGGAGAAGCAGUACCAGAUGCUGAAGCUGUGGAGCCAGCACUCUUCCUCCAAACUCAGUGAUAUUUUCUCAGCCUUACACUACAUGGAAUUAUCCGGCUGUGCACAGCUGCUCCAGGAAAGCCUGGAACAGCUGCAGUGGACGCCUGACCACAGACAGGCGCUCACAGCCAUUUGAAUGGAGCAGUGCGGGACAACUGAGGCUGUACCUGGCGGCACAAGAGUAAUGCUAUCUAUAACACGACUGGAAACAUAAAUUAUUCAGCCAUGGACACUGGUGUGAAAGACUAGACACUCGCUGGAAAGGACAUUACGAUCUGUAGCCAUAUAGUACAACCCUAGAAACCUGGAACAAUGUCGUAAAUAUCCCGUACUGAGUAAUGCAGACGUAGAUUAAAGCCAAAUAAAAACAUCUGAUAAGCUGGAAUGAAAAAAAUGGACCCUUGUUUCAUGUUAACACAGAAACCUAAAAUGUUGAAUGUAAACAUAUGAAAUAAUGGAUUUGUAGCUGUGGAAAAUGCAGUUUUGAACAUCAGUUUCCUUCCUCAAGAGCAUCGUUAGCAUUUUUAGGAACCACAUAACACCUCUUAACACACUCGUAAUAUUCUUGUAGCCUACAGUAGGUGGAGACAAUAAAUAAAUAAAAAAAUAUUAAGGGAUGUCCCCUUCCCGUAACUAAUGGCUGCUGCCAAAAAGUAGUUUAGAACAAUCUAACCUCCAGUUUUUUGUGUGGUGCCUCUUAAAUGCCAACAAUGGAGGCUGCGGUUUUACAGCAGUACUGCAAUGUACAUGCAUAACUGGGAGGUGUAUGUGCUUAAAGGGUAAGCAAGGAAGUUGCACUUCCUUAGUGUAGUGUACGUGAUUGUUUUACCUCCACGAGUCUGUGCUUGAGAUUUCUCUUUUUUUUUCCUUUUGACUUGUCACAGGACAGACUUUUUCAGUUUGAAUCUUUAAACUGUGCGUGUGCGUGAUCACUCCGUGCACAUCUGGGAUGUUUGUGCAGCACAGCUGCAGACGUCUCCCUCGUUUGGUAUAACAACUCAGCCACUGAUUGUUAUUGUGCACCCUCGCAAAGGAAGAAAACUGAAAUCCCCAAAGGACGUCAGUUUUUCAGUUUCCUGCAACUAAAUGGUGUCAGUGUUCAGCAUGCUGGGUUUUUCCUCACCACACAUAUUCCAUUUGAACGGAUGGUUCUCACUUGUGGUGUUUGGGUAUCUCACUUUGAGAGUUUUUGUGUGUGUGUGUGUGUGUGUGUGUGUGUGUGUAUGUGUGUGUGUCAUUAUACUUCAUUGACAGUAAAGGUCUUGGAUUUUCCAGUUUAAGAUGUUUAUUUAAGAAAGUUUUAAUGGGAAUUUAGGUCACUGUCCCUGAGAUAUAAAUAUUUGUAUAUGUUUUACAGGUUAAAGUAUUAUUGUUUUUUUAUUUAUGAUCCAUUUGUAUGAAUAGUUGUGUGGUGCAGAAUAAACUGAAAGUGAAAAUCUUUAUGUUUUUCAUCUCAUUGUGGUCUUUAGUGGCACACUGUUAUGAUAACGUGCUACUGUAAAACCUCAAGUCAAAAUGUCACCUGUAUAUGUAUAUGUCAUGAAUAAAAUGUUUGGCCACAA